UCCCGGGCUGGCGGGUCACGUGAGCCACUUUUCGCGCGAAAGCUGGUUGUUGCUGGAGGAGCGGAGAGGAGUGCGGCGGUAAGAUGGAGGAAUCAUCUGAGUCCUUCACCAUGGCCUCAAGCCCCGCCCGCCGUGGGCAAAGCAAUGAUCCUCUCACCUCCAGCCCUGGGCGAAGCUCCCGGAGAGCAGAUGCCCUGACAUCCAGCCCUGGCCGUGACCUUCCUCCCUUUGAGGAUGAGUCUGAGGGGCUGCUGGGCACAGAGGGGCCCCUGGAGGAAGAGGACGAGGACGGAGAGGAACUUAUUGGAGAUGGCAUGGAGAGGGACUACCGUGCUAUCCCAGAGAUAGACACCUAUGAAGCUGACGGACUGGCACUGGAUGAUGAGGAUAUAGAGGAACUGACAGCCAGUCAGAGGGAGGCAGCGGAGCGAGUCAUGCGGCAGCGUGAUCGUGAGGCCAGCCGGGGCCUGGGUCGCAUGCGACGUGGGCUCUUGUAUGACAGCGAUGAGGAGGAUGAGGAUCGCCCUGCUCGGAAGCGCCGUCAGGUGGAACGAGCCACAGAGGAUGGUGAAGAGGAUGAGGAGAUGAUCGAGAGCAUUGAAAACCUGGAGGACCUUAAGGGCCACUCUGUGCGCGAGUGGGUGAGCAUGGCAGGCCCCCGACUGGAGAUCCACCACCGCUUCAAGAACUUCCUGCGCACCCAUGUGGAUGGCCAUGGCCACAACGUCUUCAAGGAGCGAAUCAGUGACAUGUGCAAAGAGAACCGUGAGAGCCUGGUGGUGAACUAUGAGGACCUGGCGGCCAGGGAGCAUGUCCUGGCAUACUUCCUGCCGGAAGCACCAUCAGAGAUGCUGCAGAUCUUUGAUGAGGCUGCUCUGGAGGUCGUGUUGGCCAUGUACCCCAAGUAUGACCGCAUUGCUAGCCACAUCCAUGUGCGCAUCUCCCAUCUGCCUCUGGUGGAAGAGCUGCGCUCACUGAGGCAGCUGCACCUGAACCAGCUGAUCCGUACAAGUGGGGUGGUGACCAGCUGCACAGGCGUCCUGCCCCAACUCAGCAUGGUCAAGUAUAAUUGCAACAAGUGUAGCUUCGUGCUGGGGCCUUUCUGUCAGUCCCAAAACCAAGAGGUGAAGCCUGGCUCCUGCCCUGAGUGCCAAUCAGCUGGCCCCUUUGAAGUCAACAUGGAAGAGACCAUCUAUCAGAACUACCAACGCAUUCGCAUUCAGGAGAGUCCUGGCAAAGUGGCGGCUGGCCGGCUGCCCCGUUCCAAAGACGCUAUUCUCCUCGCCGACCUGGUGGACAGCUGCAAGCCAGGAGACGAGAUAGAGCUGACCGGUAUCUACCACAACAACUAUGACGGUUCCCUCAACACUGCUAAUGGCUUCCCCGUCUUUGCCACAGUCAUCUUAGCAAACCACGUGGCCAAAAAGGACAACAAGGUUGCCGUGGGGGAACUGACUGAUGAAGAUGUGAAGAUGAUCACCAGCCUCUCGAAGGACCAGCAGAUUGGGGAGAAGAUCUUUGCCAGUAUUGCUCCCUCCAUCUACGGGCAUGAAGAUAUCAAGAGAGGCCUGGCACUCGCUCUGUUUGGAGGGGAGCCCAAAAACCCAGGGGGCAAGCACAAGGUGCGAGGCGAUAUCAAUGUGCUCUUGUGUGGAGAUCCUGGCACAGCCAAGUCUCAGUUCCUCAAAUAUGUUGAGAAAGUGUCUAGCCGCGCCAUCUUCACCACGGGCCAGGGGGCUUCGGCUGUGGGCCUCACAGCAUAUGUCCAGCGGCACCCUGUCAGCCGGGAGUGGACUUUAGAAGCUGGAGCCCUGGUUCUGGCUGACCGAGGAGUAUGUCUCAUUGAUGAAUUUGACAAGAUGAAUGACCAAGACAGAACCAGCAUCCACGAAGCCAUGGAACAGCAGAGUAUUUCCAUCUCGAAGGCCGGCAUCGUCACCUCCCUGCAGGCUCGCUGCACCGUCAUUGCCGCUGCCAACCCCAUAGGGGGCCGCUACGACCCCUCACUGACCUUCUCGGAAAACGUGGACCUCACAGAGCCCAUCAUUUCCCGCUUCGACAUCCUGUGUGUGGUGAGGGACACAGUGGACCCAGUCCAGGAUGAGAUGCUGGCCCGUUUUGUGGUUGGCAGCCACGUUAGACACCACCCUAGCAACAAGGAGGAGGAGAGGCUGGGCAGCACCCCAGAGCCCACCAUGCCCAACACAUAUGGUGUGGAGCCCCUGCCACAGGAAGUCCUGAAGAAGUAUAUCAUCUAUGCCAAGGAGAAGGUCCACCCGAAGCUCAAUCAGAUGGAUCAGGACAAGGUGGCCAAGAUGUACAGCGACCUGAGGAAAGAAUCCAUGGCGACAGGCAGCAUCCCAAUCACAGUGCGGCACAUUGAGUCCAUGAUCCGCAUGGCAGAGGCCCAUGCACGCAUCCACCUGCGGGACUAUGUGAUAGAGGACGACGUCAACAUGGCUAUCCGUGUGAUGCUGGAGAGCUUUAUUGACACACAGAAGUUUAGUGUCAUGCGCAGCAUGCGGAAGACAUUUGCCCGCUACCUUUCGUUCCGGCGUGAUAACAAUGAGCUGUUGCUCUUCAUACUGAAGCAGUUAGUGGCAGAGCAGGUGACUUACCAACGCAACCGCUUUGGGGUCCAGCAGGACACUAUUGAAGUGCCUGAGAAGGAUUUGGUGGACAAGGCCCGUCAAAUCAACAUCCACAACCUCUCUGCCUUUUAUGACAGUGAGCUCUUUCGGAUGAACAAGUUUAGCCGUGACCUUAAGCAGAAGAUGAUCCUCCAGCAGUUCUGAGCCUCCACAGCAGUCUCCUCAUUCUGGCUGGGAAUUAAUUCCAGUGCUAACUUCACUUUGUGCUUCAAGGACACCAAACCAAACCACUGGGGGACACACAGUGUGGGGCCAGGGCUGGCAGCUGAACCAUCUGGCUUCCCCAAGUCUGCUGGGCUUGAGAUUGUUGUUAUUUAUAUAGAUCACCCUUUCUUCUUUUCUCCCCAUCAUGGAUGGGCAUGAUUUGUCUGUGUUGAAAAAAGUUUUCUAUUUCAGCUGCUCAGUAACCCACCGUUUGAGGUUUGCUUCCACUUCAUCCUGGAUGGAGUCUGGUGUGUACAAGAUACCCACUGUCUUUUAAGUGACUGAGCAUAUAAGGGUGUUAGGAGAACUAUUGCCUUUUUGGCUUGAAUUCUAUGUCCUUAUGCUUUGCCACUUUGGCUAAAGAGCAAGUUCAAGGCAUUGGUAGUGUUUUACUGAACUCUGUCCGGCAGGUAUAGCUAGGCUUCUGUGAGUGGAGAAAUCGUGCGGGCAGAAAAAGGUGUCAACCCCUCUACCAUCUAAUGACACAGCUUGGUUUCCUGCAGGAAGGGGGGUGAGAGGGGUUCAUAAGGUAAUUAAGGAUACCACCCACCCUGCUUAUGUAAAUCUUUUUUCUCCUACCUGAUCAUUUCCCCAUUUUCUCAUUGUUUGUACAUUC